AAAUGAUAAACAAAGGGACAGACAAGAGUUCUACCCGUAACAUAACAGAAGCUCCUGCCCUUACCUUUAGCUUUUCCUUCUCUGCCAAGUUCUCUCUCUGAACUGAAUCUUCCAACUGUUACAGUCUGGGAUCCAUCUAAGCCUUGAACUCGGGCGGUUUAAGCUACCCGAUUCUGGCGGGACACGUUCGUCGUCAACCACUUAACCGUUGAUACGAAAAGAUAGUUUAUUUAUACUUUCGGUUCCGUCACCUUUUCAAAUUCACUGUCUCAAUCAGAGCCGUUGAUUUCUGAGAAGUAAUGGAUAAUUCAUCGGCAAUUGUUAAUGGAAAUCAUCAUCACUCCUUCUCCUCGUCGGCUUCUCAGAGACAUGUUAGCUACAGCUGUGGUUCUUGUGGGUAUGAACUAAACCUUAGCUCCUGUAAUCGGAACAUCUCGACUAUUGGCUCAAAAUAUGGAAAAUCUAUGAAGCGAGGGAUCAUAUCAUUUGUAGACAUAGAUGCGAGCAGAUUCACGCAGGUUGAUGAGCUGCAAUGCAAUCCCUACUUUUCCAAAAUCUCCUGGGGGUUUUUCCGCCACAGAACCAAACUUCUUUGCCGAAAGUGUGGUAACCAUAUUGGAAAUGCUUAUGAUGUCAAAACCUUAGUUUACCCACCUGUGCCAGAUGGAUCUGAUUCAUCCUCAGGUAAUUGUGGUUCUGGUCAGAGAAAAUAUAAUGUUAGAAUACGUGCCUUGCAGCCUUCAUCUGUUGAUGGAUCUGGCACCCCACUGUUCUCAUGAUAUAAAGGACUAGAGUGUGCGUCUUCGUCAGGUAUGAUAUUUCAAAUGUUGUCAGCAACAACUAUACUAAGAGUUUUCUGUGUGAUUAUUUUUGUAUAGGUGUUUCAAGUGUAUUUAGUUUUGUCUUAUGUAUUUUUCUACAAGACUUGUAUAUGGAAGUAUCAGAAACUGAAUUGAAAGAAAAGGAGAGUGGAAUUUUGAAGGGAGUUGAAUGGUUGAUCAAAGUCUAAAAAUUUUCCAAAUUUGAAUGUAAGAAAGAGUGACAUUUUCAGAUUGAGUUGAAUGCAACAAUUAGCCUAUGCAGCAUUUUAUGCUU